AUGACAUCAUCAAUGUGUGAAAAGCAAGAAGAAAAUCAAUAUAAAGUUUUCGUAGAAAGUUCAGAACCAAAAGAACUGCUGCCAUUACCGUCCAUAUACGAUUAUAUCGUUGUUGGAUCGGGUCCCGGUGGUACAACAAUCGCUACACGUUUAGCAUUGAACAAUUUUAAAGUGUUAUUAAUUGAAGCUGGUCCUGACUAUGAUGAUGGUGUUACGAGAACACCAGUAUUUUGGCCAUCAGCUCAACUAAACCCUAAAAUAACCGGUCAUUUUCAUCCGUACACCUUUUCUGAAGACGACAAUAUAACAAUAGAUUAUCCAAGAGGAAUUACAUUAGGUGGUAGUGCACAAAUUAAUGUCAUGGUAGCAAUGACGGCAAAUCCAUCGGAAUGGGAUUAUAUAUCACAAGUCACUGGUGAUUAUAACUGGAGUUCUGAAAUGAUUAAAAGAAAAUAUCUAAAAUUAACUGAAAAUUGUCAAUAUUGUACCAGGAGAGAUAAUGACAAGAAUAAAAAUGGUUGGUUAAAUAUUUCAAUAGCAGCUUAUCGAGAUCCAUUACCACUGCAUCAGACAAAUCCUGUUCUUUAUGAUUUAUUAGACAAAGUUAAAUCACAAUAUCAGUUUAAUCCCAAUAUCAAUUAUGAAAAUUUUUAUGAUAGUUACUUCUUUGGACCUGAAUCAGUUACUGAGGAGACGGGCACAAGAGGUAGUACUUAUAGACGUAUAAAAAAUGUUCAAUCGAUGAAAAAAUCGAAUUUAUGUGUAUGGACGGAUACUUUUGUUACAAAAUUGAUUAUUGAUCCUAGGACAAAAGAAGCAUGCGGAGUCGAAUAUGUUAAAGGUUCAUAUUUAUACCAUGCUAGUCCAUUAUCAUCCUCUUCUUCAAACAGUAAUAAUAUUCGAAAAUCCUCAAUCUAUGCGAAACGUGAAAUAAUUGUGUCAGGCGGACAAUGGAUGACACCACAAUUGUUACAACUCAGUGGCAUUGGUGAUCGAAAUCUUUUAAGACAAUUUGGAAUUCGUACUAUACAACAUUUACCAGGUGUUGGUGUCAAUCAACAGGAUCGUUUAGAAUCAACUUAUGUGGUUAAAUUAAAAAGUGGUGUGAAUAUGGCUGGAAUAAGAAGUGUCAAUUGUACAUAUAAUACAACACAUGUUGAUCCAUGUUUAAUUGAUUAUAUAAAGCAUCCUAGAACUAGUCCUUAUUCAGCAAAUAGUGGUCUUUUUAUGAUGCUUCAAUCGACUCAACCAAUACGACCAAAUUUUCCUGAUACUGCAUAUGUCUUCUUACCAUUACGAUUUACUGGUUUUAGAGAAAAUUGGGUACAAGAAGCGUUUCAAUACCCAGUAGGAGCAUACUUAACAGUUAUUGUGAAUUUAGCACGUGUUACAAAUAAUUUGGGUUCUGUUCGCAUUCAAUCUACAAAUGCAUUUGAGACACCAUUAAUUCAAAUGAAUCGUUUUACAGGUCCAAGUAAACAGAUUGAAUUAAAUAGAAUAAAACAAAGUAUUUGGUAUUUACGAAAUUUAAUAUUAAACAGUCCAUUCUCUAAAUAUGUUGAUUAUGAAGAACUUCCUGGUAGUAAUAUACAAACUGAUGAAGAAUUAGAACAAUUCAUACGGGAAUAUGUAUGGUCACAUCAUGCUUGUUGUACAGCUAAAAUGGGUAAUACUAGAAGAGAUCCAUUAGCUGUACUCAAUUCUAAAGGACAAGUCAAAGGCAUAAAAAAUUUACGUGUCUGUGAUAUAUCAAUAUUUCCAAAAAUACCCAGUUAUUAUCCAUUUAUGUCGGUCAUAACAGCAUGCGAAAAGAUAGCUGAUGAUAUUAUCAAACGAGCCAAAUACUGA